GCCCGCCCGUGUCGACGUGAACCUCCCCUCGCUCAUGUGAAUGGGAGAAGAGGGGGUUAACUCCCCCCUCGCUUUCUCUCUGCCUCUUUCUCCUCCUCCCGCCGCCGCCGCCUGAGUGGUGAGAGCGAGAGACCCCCUUGGCCCAGGCCCGCCGACCCGCCUUCCCACCGGCGGUGGCGGCGGCGGUGGCGCCCAGGUGCGGAGUCCAGACCCAAGAGCAAUGGCGUCCAACGCGGCGGAGAGGGAGAUUUUCCUCACAGACCUGCAGCAGGGAGAUGUGCGAAAUAUCAUAGUCUCUGAGAACGUGAGCAUUGGACAAAAAUUGGACUAUUCGGACACGAUGGUACAGCAGAAGUUGGAUGAAGUAAAAGACCAAAUUAAACGGGAAAUAAGGAAGGAACUUAAAAUCAAAGAAGGAGCAGAAAACCUCAGGAAGGUCACUACAGAUAAAAAAAACUUAGCUUAUGUGGACAAUAUUUUGAAAAAAUCAAAUAAGAAACUAGAAGAAUUGCACCAUAAAUUACAGGAAUUAAAUGCUCAUAUUGUUGUAACAGAAACGGAAGAUGUUACAGAUUGCCCCAGAACCCCGGAUACACCAAACAGUGAUCCUCGUUUUCCUACUAACAACAGGUUGAUGGCCUUAAAAAAACAGCUGGAUAUAGAAUUGAAAGUAAAACAAGGAGCAGAGAAUAUGAUCCAUAUGUAUUCUAAUGGGUCAUCAAAGGAUAGAAAGCUGCUUGCAACAGCUCAACAGAUGCUUCAGGACAGCAAGACAAAAAUUGAAGUUAUAAGAAUGCAGAUUCUUCAAGCAGUCCAGACUAAUGAAUUGGCUUUUGAUAAUGCAAAGCCUGUGAUAAGCCCACUUGAGCUUCGCAUGGAGGAAUUGCGGCAUCAUUUUAGGAUAGAAUACGCAGUAGCAGAAGGAGCAAAAAAUGUUAUGAAGUUGCUUGGAUCUGGAAAAGUUACCGACAGAAAAGCACUCUCAGAGGCUCAAGCAAGAUUUAAUGAAUCAAGCCAGAAGCUCGACCUCUUAAAGUAUUCGUUAGAACAAAGACUGAAUGAACUCCCUAAAAACCAUCCCAAAAGCAGUAUUAUUAUAGAAGAGCUUUCACUUGUUUCAUCACCAACGCUAAGUCCACGGCAAAGCAUGAUAUCUACACAGAAUCAGUACAGUACACUAUCCAAGCCAGCAGCUUUAACAGGUACUUUGGAAGUUAGACUCAUGGGUUGCCAAGAUAUUCUGGAGAAUGUCCCUGGUCGAUCAAAAGCCACAUCCAUUACACUACCUGGAUGGAGUCCAAGUGAAGCCAGAUCGUCUUUCAUGAGCCGAACAAGCAAAAGUAAAAGUGGGAGUAGCCGAAACCUUCUGAAAACAGAUGAUUUGUCCAAUGAAAUCUGUGCUGUUUUGAAGUUGGACAACACUGUGGUUGAUCAAACUAGCUGGAAGCCUAUUUCCAAUCAGUCAUGGGAUCAGAAAUUUACACUGGAGCUAGACAGAUCACGUGAAUUAGAAAUUUCUGUUUAUUGGCGUGAUUGGAGAUCUCUGUGUGCAGUUAAAUUUUUGAGGCUAGAAGAUUUCUUAGAUAACCAGCGACAUGGAAUGUGUCUCUAUCUUGAACCCCAGGGUACUCUAUUUGCAGAGGUUACAUUUUUUAAUCCUGUUAUUGAAAGAAGACCAAAACUUCAAAGACAAAAGAAAAUUUUCUCCAAGCAACAAGGCAAAACAUUUCUCAGAGCUCCUCAAAUGAAUAUUAAUAUUGCCACUUGGGGAAGGCUGGUGAGAAGAGCUAUUCCUACAGUAAAUCAUACUGGUACCUUCAGCCCUCAAGCUUCUGUGCCCGCUACAGUGCCAGUAGUUGAUAGUCACAUUCCUGAACUAGGGUCACCAACUAGUGACUCCCCUGUAGCCAAAUUGGUAUUUGAACUUGAACCUGAACCCCCACAUACUCCACCACGUACAUCUUCUCUUGGAGAAAUAAGUGAACCUUCACCUGAGCUGAAGGCACCAUCUACACCCACUCAGAUUUUUUUUCUUCUACACAUUUCACAGGAUACAGAAACGUUUGAUUUUGAAAAUGACAGAAAUAAUUUUGUUCCCAAACUUCAGCCGGAAAUUAUUUGUGAGACUCAAAUUUCAAACUCUGAUAUAGAAUAUACAAUACGGGAGCCUGAAGAUAGAAGAAUACAACAGAGAUUUCAGUUUAGUUUACAAGAUUUCCGAUGUUGUGCUGUACUGGGUAGAGGACACUUUGGAAAGGUCCUGUUGGCAGAGUAUAAAAAUACAAAUGAAAUGUUUGCCAUUAAAGCCUUAAAGAAAGGAGACAUUGUUGCUCGUGAUGAGGUAGACAGCCUCAUGUGUGAAAAGCGAAUAUUUGAAACUGUGAACAGCGUAAGGCAUCCCUUUCUGGUGAACCUCUUUGCCUGUUUCCAAACCAAAGAUCAUGUGUGCUUUGUAAUGGAGUAUGCUGCUGGUGGGGAUCUCAUGAUGCAUAUACACACGGACGUCUUUUCUGAACCAAGAGCAGUAUUUUAUGCUGCAUGUGUAGUUCUUGGACUGCAGUAUUUACAUGAGCACAAGAUAGUUUAUAGAGAUUUAAAGCUAGACAACUUGUUGCUGGAUACAGAAGGUUUUGUGAAAAUAGCUGACUUUGGUCUCUGCAAGGAGGGAAUGGGAUUUGGUGACAGAACAAGUACAUUCUGUGGCACUCCAGAAUUCCUUGCUCCAGAAGUGUUGACAGAAACAUCCUACACGAGAGCUGUAGACUGGUGGGGUCUUGGUGUGCUCAUCUAUGAAAUGCUGGUUGGUGAGUCUCCCUUCCCAGGAGAUGAUGAAGAAGAGGUUUUUGACAGUAUUGUAAAUGAUGAAGUAAGAUAUCCUCGGUUUCUUUCGACAGAAGCUAUCUCAAUAAUGCGAAGGCUUCUGAGGAGAAAUCCAGAGCGACGCCUCGGUGCUGGUGAGAAAGAUGCUGAGGAUGUGAAAAAGCAUCACUUUUUCCGGUUGAUUGAUUGGAAUGCGUUGCUUGCCAAGAAAGUGAAGCCUCCUUUUGUACCGACCAUAAGAGGAAGAGAAGAUGUCAGCAAUUUUGACGAUGAAUUUACCUCAGAAGCGCCUAUUCUCACUCCACCCCGGGAGCCUAGGAUACUUUCAGAAGAUCAGCAGGAAAUGUUCAGAGACUUUGACUACAUUGCUGAUUGGUGUUAAUCCUAAUUUAGACACUGUGAAAUCCUAGCAGACUCUGGCUCCUGAGCAUUCUCCCACAUCCUCCCUGAGAAGAAUACCAGCCUUUGGAUUGGUCUCUGUGCCGCCUGUAGCUUCUGAUUUUUAAAUCAUAUGAAGAUUUUUUUUAAAGUACUGUUUUUAAUAUACAUGAGGUGCGGCAUCCCUUUUUUUGUAUAUCUUUUUUUUUAAAAAAAAAUCUUGAGCACUGGAAAGCAAUUCUGUGCAGCUCUUUAAGCUGAAUUGGUGGGUACAGGCUAUGUCCUACACUCUUACAGGCACACUUGUACUUGUACUGUAUCUUUACUCUUCUACAACAGAAAACAUUGCAAAAUACCUGCCUUAAGAAGCAGGACAAACAACCAGAUACUGAGCUAGACUGAUAACCAUCUAUCCAGAAGGCAAAAGCUGUCGGUCCUUUAAAAGUGAAAAUAAUGACAAUCUCCAAAAAAUAUGUAGCCCUAAAGACUGUUAAGCACACUGUUGACUUGAGUUUUUAAAAAUAAUGAGGAUUAAGAACUGAAUGCCUUGUUUUGUAAACUUUCUAUGAUAUUUAUUAGAGUUUAAAAGCCUUACUCGUGUGAAAACAGCUAUAAGUGCUUCCAUUAA